GACCGGUUGGCUCCCUGAGGGGCUCCUCUGUUCUCCCUGCGCCAGGCUACGUGCACUUCCGGCUGCAGUACCCCGAGCUCUUCGACAGCCUGUCCCUGGAGGCGGUCCGCUGCACAGUCGAGGCCGGCUACCCCGGCGUCCUCUCCAGUCGGGACAAGUACGGCCGAGUGGUCAUGCUCUUCAACAUCGAGAACUGGGACUGCGAAGAAAUCACCUUUGACGAGAUCUUGCAGGCCUAUUGCUUCAUCCUGGAGAAGCUGCUGGAGAACGAGGAGACCCAGAUCAACGGCUUCUGCAUCGUGGAGAACUUCCGGGGCUUCACGCUGCAGCAGGCUGCGGGGCUGCGGGCCGCCGACCUCAGGAAGAUGGUGGACAUGCUCCAGGACUCCUUCCCGGCCCGGUUCAAGGCCAUCCACUUCAUCCACCAGCCCUGGUACUUCACCACCACCUACAACGUGGUGAGGCCCUUCCUGAAGAGCAAGCUGCUCCAGAGGGUCUUUGUCCACGGAGAUGACCUCUCCGGCUUCUUCCAGGAGGUCGACAAGGACAUCCUGCCCACCGACUUUGGGGGCACCCUGCCCAAGUACGAUGGCAAGGUGGUGGCUGAGCAGCUCUUCGGCCCGCGGGCCCACGCCGAGAGCACGGCCUUCUGAGGACACUCCUGCCUCCGAUCCCUAGUUAGCAUCCCUGGGCCUCUCCCCCGUGCCCCGGACCCAGAGGCUGGGAAAAGGGCUGCCUGGGGGGGCUGGGGUCCCUGACCCUCCCUGAGCUUGGGUGAGCUCAGGCGUCACCCUCCUCCUAAGUCCGGGGGCAACAAACCAGGGGGAAUUCGCUUGAACAAGAAGAAUUGGGGGCCCUAGCCGGUUCGGCUCAGUGGAUAGAGCAGCCAUGGGCAAACUACAGCCCGUGGGCCGGAUCCGGCCCGUUUGA